AUGGCUAGUGAUGAGAAUUUUGUAGUUCUUGUGCACUAUAGAGGGUCCAUUAAGAAAAACACGCGAUCAGGUAUUAAGUUUACUGAUAAGGACCCACUGAGUGUUUUUCUCAAACCUUCGAUGACUUUUGCUGAGUUUAAGGAUACUACACUCCAGAAACUAGGUCUGCUUGGCGUCAAACGGGUGGAGAAGUUGUUCUAUAGAAUCCCCAUAUCCAUUUUACGCGAUGAUGUAAAGUAUGAUUCAUUUGUUAUUGGCAGUGAUAACGACUUGCAAGUUCUGCACCAUUGUCUCUCCUGCUCUAGAUCCAUUCCUGUUAGUGUCUCGUCGAUUGCGCCGAUCAUUGCACCUGAGGCAGUUUUAGUUGCUUCUCCUUCCUUUGCACUCAACCUAAACCGCAGUGAUAAUGCCGGAGUUGGUGAGACUAGACCGUUGGGGGAGGUAGCAUUUGCGACGCUCGGUUCUCCUACAACGAUCCCAGUCUUUGGAGAGAUUGGAGUACCCAAUGGGGUUGAGGAUGCACUGCAUGACGAUGAUGAUGAUGAUGAUGUAGAGUCCGCCACAAUAGCAGAUGAUAGUGACGAUGACACACCACGGUCUACUCCAGCUGCGGAUGGGGGAGCAUCUAGUUCGGCUUUGGGCUUAGAUGCCAUGGCACCUCAAGGGGAUCCGGGAGUACCUAUUGGGUUCGAGGCUAGAGAGACGCAGAAUACAGGAGUUGUAUCUAAAUUUCAAGUUGGUCAGGAGUUUCAGGAUAAAGAAGAAGUCGUGUUAAACAUGAGGACUUAUAGCAUUCGACUGGGGUUGAGUACAAGGUAUUGA